GCCAGGACACCUCUGCCUGUGUGUGUUGGGCACGGGUGGGGAUUGGUUUGGGUGUGGGGCCAACUGAGUCAGAGAUACAGGCAUAGACAAAUCAUAGUAGAGUCAGAAAAACCUGAGCUUGAAUCUUGGCUCCCAAACCUAUUGGCUAUGUGACCUUGUCAUGUUGCUUAACUUCUCUGAACCUGUUUCCUAAUCUUUGAAAUGAAAAUAAUAUUAUUUGCUUCAUAAGAGCACUAUGAGUAUUCACUGAGAAAAUGUGUCUAGAGCUGUGUCUGGUACAUAGGAUAUCCAUAGUAAGUGGUAAAUAUAAUAAUUAUUGCUAGACAGAGAAAGAAGCAUCAAGAAGUAUAGAGAAAUAAAAAACAGACCUCACUGGCCUGUGGGAAGGUUGCCCUCUACUGAGCAUGUGGCUAAAGCCUGAAAGGGUAAGAGUAAUUAUAGCAGAGGUAAUAAUAGUAGGCACCAUUUAGUGCACAUCUACCAUGGGGCAGAUGGUGGGAGGCACUUUACGUUUAUUAUUUCAAGGAAUCACACACAGCAGCCCUACUAAAGAAGGCGGCUCAGGGAAGACCACACAGAUGCAAGUCCCAGACCGGAGAAUUCUGCCCAGGUCCACCCUCCCCAAGGCCUGCAGGCUGAGCACAGGGGCCCAUAACAGCCCCCCAUGGACAGCUCCCCUCCACCCUCCCAGAGGCUUUCUUUCCCAUACUUAUCUCUUAUCCUGCCCUGGGAGCUCCAGCCCCGCCUGGCCUGUGGCCACACUCCUGCCUGGCCCCCAUGAGGUAGCAGAAGAGGAGGAGACAGAGAGCUUGGGUGGGAGGGGAGACCAGGGGAACAUCUAUCUCCUGGAGCUGCAGCUGAGGAGGCAGGUGGCAAAUAGUUUCCCCCUUCCCCAAGGAAGCGUGUGCCUUGGCUGAGGCUGUGGGUGUGCAGGAUGAUGUUCUGGAGGGAGCAUGAACUUCCUGGGUAGGAUGGGAGUAAGAAACAGUCAGGGAGAGCAGCAUAGAGAGGAGAAGUACGGAUGAGGACACAAAACCAGCGUAGAGACCUGUAAACCGCAGUGCUAGAGCAGGAAAGCACCUGCCCACAGAGGUAGCUGCUUGGCUGAGUGGGGAGAAGGAGGCAAGGUGGAGUCCAGGGAGCAGAAUGAGGUGUGGAGUGAGCAGCAGAAGAGCUGAGUGGGCCCUGUCACUGCAGCACACUGGACCCGUGCUGUGGCUGAGGAGAUGCAGAAGGAAGUGUCCACCGGGGCCCUCCACAGCCCAGGGCUGGGGUGGCACAAAGCAGGGGAACUGCUGUAGCCUCCAACCCCUUCCUUGGGUAUACCUGGGGCUUAAAGGAUGAGUCUGUGGGUGGGUAGCUGGGUCUGAUUCUGGCCGACAAGGUGGGCUGGGCCACAGGGGGAAAAAUGGUAGACAGGAAGCAGGUACCUGUGAGCAUCAGGAGUGAGCCUCAUGUGGUACCUGACCGGGAGUAGCCCUAAGUCCAGAGAAAAGCCCCUUUCUCCAGCCCGGGGUCAACAGCCCCUUCAGAGGCUAAGGCAUGAGCUGUGGCCUACCAGCUCCCAAUCCCUGGACCCUCUGGAACCCCACCGAGAGGCAGCAGGGUCUCCCCGUGUCAUAGCCACCAUCAGGCCACCAGCUCCCUGGCGCUGGGCUGCGAGGCACUUGCUGACCACCAGAGGGCGCCAUCACCCCACGCCAAGCUCCACAGGCCUGAGCCCCAUCAGGCAGCCUGACCCAGCCCAACUUGUCCUGCCUAGAGCUGGUGCAGCCCCACCUAGUGGCUCCAGACUUGGGCUUUCCUGGGACCUGGAGCAUCCUUCUUCCCACCACACUACAGUCUCUUCCCUGUAGUAACUGCACAUCCAGACACUCCUCUCUCCUUGGAUCAGCCUCCUAGAGAAUCCUAAAAGUCAGGCAUGCCAGGACCUUUAGCAUAGGGAAGAGAAACUGUGGUCCAGAUAGGAGUGAAGACUUCCUCCAGGCCACAGAAUGAGUUCUGGCAAAGUCCCAAGGGAGCCCAGCUCUCAUUUCCCUCCCUGUAAAGUUCUCUCGCCACUAUUUCAGGUAGCUUCCCAUCUUUGGGACAGGGAGGUGCUUAUCGGGCCAAGAGCCUUUAAUCCCAAAGAGAUGCCAGGCAGAGCAGAGGCCAGGGUGAGGGAUGUGGGUGGGGAGGUGGCCCACAGGACUGCUGCUUCAGUCCACGUGGCCUGGGUCUGCUCUCAGGCCCCACCCCCACAGGCUCCAAGGUAAGGACCUAGAAUUCUAGCCGCUUCACAGCAUCUGUGUUCUGGGCAGAACUUACUGCAGGCUCUGUUCUGCUCCCGAGCUGAGUCCCACCCCUGCACCCACUCCCCCAUUCCUGGCCCCAGAUCAUGCCCUAGGUAGGUGGCAGGCCAUUCAGCCUGCCCUGAGAGGUCACAGUGGGGAAUGAGGGGGAAAGCUGGGCCUUCACUUCCGCCCUGCACAUCAGCCAGCCACUGGGUGAGCUUGGUCAAGCCAGGGGCCUCUUGGGUACCCGUUUCCCUUUCUGGUCCUGGCCCCUCCUAUCAAAGGGAAAAGAUGUUCUUCCCAGUCUGCACCUUCCCUAGUUACUGGCUGAAGGGGUCAGGGACAGUUGGCCAAGAGAGGCCCUCCUUCCCAACACAGCCCCAGGCCCAUGUUCUGGUGCCACUGACACCCCAGCUCUGCAGGGUCUCGAAUGCUGUCAGCCAGCUGAUGCCCGACACAACCCACCCCACGCACGGGAAGCCGGACAUACAGCACUGCUGGCCCGAAUCGUGGGGAAUGGACUCGCUACAGAAGCAGGACCUCCGGAGGCCUAAGAUCCAUGGGGCACUCCGGGUGUCCCCCUACCAGCCGCCCACACUGGCUUCGCUGCAGCGCUUGCUAUGGGUCCAUCGGGCUCCCAUGCUGAACCACGUCGACGAGGUCUGGCCCAACCUCUUCCUGGGAGAUGCGUACACAGCCCGGGACAAGAGCAAGCUGGCUCAGCUGGGCAUCACCCAUGUUGUAAAUGCUGCUGCAGGCAAGUUUCAAGUGGACACAGGUGCCAAAUUUUACCGAGGAAUGCCCUUGGAGUACUAUGGCAUUGAGGCUGAUGACAACCCCUUCUUUGACCUCAGUGUCUACUUUCUGCCUGUUGCUCGGUAUAUCCGAACUGCUCUCAGUGUUUCCCAAGGCCGUGUCCUGCUACACUGUGCCAUGGGGGUAAGCCGCUCCGCUACGCUUGUCCUGGCCUUCCUCAUGAUCUGCGAGAACAUGACACUGGUAGAGGCCAUCCAGACAGUGCAAGCCCACCGCGACAUUUGCCCCAACUCGGGCUUCCUCCGACAGCUCCAGGUUCUGGACAACCGACUGGGGCGGGAGAUGGGGCGGCUCUGACCUGGCAGGCAGCCAGGAGCCCUGACCCUCCAUCCAGCAUGGCCCAAACUGAUCCGCCUGGAUCUGGGGACAGCAGCCUCUGCUGUUCCCUGUGACCCUGAGAUGUAAACAGCAAGUGGAGACUUAGCUGAGGCAAAGGCAGGGAUGGCUGGGUCGUAACCUUUAGCAGGUGAAUUUCCCUGACCCAAUCCAGAGAUUCUUUAUGCAAAAGAAAGUUCAGUCUGUCUCUAUAAUAAAAGGUUCAUCAUACUUAAAGA